AAGAAGAGCUGCAGCCUCUCAGCAUCAGCACCACUAGCAGAGACAUCUCCCUCCUCUCAUCUGCUCUGCUGCUCUCCCCUCCGUCCACUGCGGAACAUCGGCCUGUUUUGCUCCCAUCGCUCCUCCAGUGGCAGACCCAGCUCGCCAUGGACAACUCCGGCAAAGAGAAGGAGGCCAUGCAGCUGAUGGCUGAAGCCGACAAGAAGGUCAAAGCGUCCGGAUCCUUCCUCGGGGGGAUGUUCGGAGGAAACCAUAAGGUGGAGGAUGCCUGUGAAAUGUACGCCAGAGCAGCCAACAUGUUCAAGAUGGCAAAGAACUGGAGUGCUGCAGGGAAUGCGUUCUGUCAGGCUGCUCGGCUCCACAUGCAGCUGCAGAACAAACUGGACUCAGCCACCAGCUUCGUCGAUGCCGGAAAUGCGUACAAGAAGGCCGACCCACAGGAGGCCAUCAACUGUCUAAAUCAGGCCAUCGAUAUUUACACCGACAUGGGUCGCUUCACUAUCGCAGCCAAACAUCACAUCACCAUUGCAGAGAUUUAUGAGUCUGAGCUGGUCGAUAUUGAGAAGGCCAUCGCGCACUAUGAGCAGGCAGCAGAUUACUACAAGGGAGAAGAAUCUAACAGCUCAGCCAACAAAUGUCUCCUGAAGGUGGGACACUACAGCGCUCAGCUGGAGCAGUACCAGAAAGCUAUUGAAAUCUAUGAACAGGUCGCCAUGAGCACAAUGGACAAUCCUCUGUUGAAGUACAACGCCAAAGAGUAUUUCUUCAAGGCUUCACUCUGUCACUUCAUAGUAGAUGAACUGAACGCUAAGUUGGCCAUUGAGAAGUAUGAGGAGAUGUUUCCAGCCUUUUCAGACUCCAGAGAGCUCAAACUGUUAAAGAAACUCCUAGAUGCCCACGAGGAGCAGAAUAGUGAGGCGUUCACGGAGGCCGUCAAGGAUUUCGACUCAGUGUCUCGUCUGGACCAGUGGUUGACCACAAUGCUGCUCCGCAUCAAAAAGACCAUCCAGGGAGACGCUGGGGACCUGAAGUAGAUAUAUUAUGAGACAAGGGGGGAGUAAAGGAGGGAGACAUGGGGAGAGAGGGCGUUAAAAAGAAUAUAUAGAUAUGGGUAGAGUGGGCUGGAUUAUGAGAAGAAGGAAGGGGGAGUGUGAGGAUGUGUUUUGGUGGAGAAAAAAGACAUAUGGGAGAUGAGGCAGGGAGGGUGGGACUGAGGGAGUUUACAGUUGUACAUAUCAGUCUGCAUGUGCCCCCCCACUAGCUAAGCAUCACCUUUAAACCACCUUUAGACCACCCUGUGCCCCUGCUCCCACAGUAUUGCUCUUGUAACACGAGACUGAAAUGUACUAAAAAAGAAAGAGUGGAAAUGAAAAGUGUGUGUGAGAAAGAGUGUGUGAGAGUGUGUGUCUGUGUGCUGAAGUGAGGUAAAUUAUACUGUUUGAUGGGAAAGUGUGCAGCUCAUCUCAGAUUUAAGGAUAUAUAUGACUGAAAAUGGAUGAUAAUGUUAUUUAUGAGAUUAUUAAUAUUUAUUGUCAAUACUGAAGAUAUAAUUUAUUGUUUAUUCUGGUGCUCAGUGUUACGAUUUGGCUUAAUAUUUUAGGUAUUAGCCCCUCUCCUUUUUAACUCUCCCUCACCUCCUCUCCUCAGCAGUUCUUCCUCCCCCUCCUCCUCUCCCCCCUCAUCCUCCCCUCACCCCUACACCCCCUGUCAAGUCAGUACUAUCACCCAUUGUGAUUGGUUAGUUCUUUGUGUUCUGGCCAAUGGUUGGUCGUUGCAGUCAACCUGCAGUGCUCAUUCCAGUCUCUGCCUUGUUUGUGCAUGUCUGUUGUCAUGUUGAUGUACGUGUUCUCUGUGUUGUGCUAAUGUGUGAAGAACAUACAUGUAGCCUGGUAUCAUUUGUGUGGAAUCAGUAAAUAUGUACCUCAGAUACCGAGUUGAAAUAAAACAUCAAUCAAUA